CAGAUCUCACAAUCUUUUCCUUUUUUUUUUAAUCUUAUUCGAUAAAACUUUUCUCUUUUAUUUUUCAAUUGUAUUUUUAUUCCCAAUUCCAAUUACCCUUUGGUUUGGGUAUUUACUUUAAGUAAUAAUAAUAAUGGGUGAUUCUUGCUGAAAGUUCAAUCAAGUCGAUAUUUUAGCCUGAUUUCUAUAUGUAGUUCAUACUCAUACGAUGGAUCUGAAUUUUCUGUUGCAUAUAAUAUCUAGCCCCUUCUGAAAGCUGUUUGUCUGUUUGAUUUGGAAGUUGGUAUAGAUAAUUUGCUGUAAUGGGUGGCCAAAGGAGUGGUUAUGGUAAGCGUCCCCACUCUCAAUCUGACUAUGAUAAUGGGCCGAAUAAAAGGAGGAAUCACGGUGAGGAUAGAGAGCAGUUUGUGAUUGAUUCGGAAGAUACAGUUUUUCGAUAUGUAUGCCCGGGUAGAAAGAUUGGCAGUGUUAUUGGUAGAGGAGGUGAGAUUGUUAAGCAACUUAGGAUGGAGACCAAGGCCAAGAUUAGGAUUGGGGAGACUGUGCCGGGUUGUGAAGAGCGAGUUGUUACUAUUUAUAGCCCCAGUGAUGAGACUAAUUCUUUUGAGGGUGGUGGGAAUUACGUGUCUCCGGCUCAGGAUGCUCUGUUUAAGGUGCAUGACAGAGUAGUUGCUGAGGACUUGCAUGGUGAUCAGGAUGAUGAUGGAGGUCACCAAGUGACUGCUAAGCUGCUGGUGCCAUCUGAUCAGAUAGGUUGUGUUAUUGGGAAAGGGGGGCAGAUAGUUCAGAACAUUCGUAGUGAGACUGGGGCCCAGAUUCGGAUACUCAAGGAUGACCAUUUACCUUUGUGCGCCUUGAGCUCUGAUGAGCUUGUGCAGAUUACUGGGGAUGCCACUGUUGUGAAAAGGGCUCUGCAUCAAAUAGCAUCUCGACUUCAUGAUAACCCUUCACGAUCUCAGCAUCUUCUUACUUCUGCUGUUCCUGGUAUAUAUCCUGCUGGUAGUUCACUCAUUGGUCCAACUCCAGGAGCUCCAAUUGUGGGGAUAGCUCCCCUUGUUGGUGCUUAUGGGGGAUAUAAAGGUGACACUGGUGACUGGCCAUCGCGUUCCAUGUACUCAGCUCCAAGGGAUGAGGGGUCUUCAAAGGAGUUUUCAGUUCGAUUGGUUUGCCCAACCGGAAACAUUGGAGGUGUUAUAGGAAAAGGUGGUAUGAUAAUAAAUCAAAUUAGACAGGAUUCUGGGGCAACAAUCAAAGUUGAUAGUUCACCAACAGAAGGAGAGGAAUGCUUGAUCACCAUUUUGACAAAAGAGUUCUUUGAAGAGACUUUCUCCCCAACAAUAGAAGCAGCUGUGCGAUUGCAACCUCGAUGCAGUGAGAAGGUUGAAAGAGAUUCAGGAAUUAUCUCUUUCACAACCCGUCUUCUUGUAUCAACCUCACGAAUUGGUUGCCUUAUUGGUAAAGGGGGAUCUAUCAUAACUGAGAUGAGGAGACUCACAAAAGCAAAUAUUCGCAUUAUCUCGAAGGAGAAUCUUCCUAAGAUUGCAUCUGAAGAUGAUGAAAUGGUGCAGAUUUCAGGAGAUCUUGAUGUUGCCAAGGAGGCUCUGGUGCAUGUACUUACACGGUUGAGAGCAAAUAUUUUUGAUAGGGAGGGUGCUCUCUCUGCAUUCCUUCCAGUUAUGCCAUAUCUGCCUGUUUCAGCAGAUGGAUCUGAUGGCCUAAACUAUGAUGGUAGAGAUGGUAAAAGACAUGGGCGUGGACAUUCUUAUUCAAGUGGGUAUGGUGGCUCAAGUGAUUUAACAGGUGGUGACAUUUAUGGAAGCUAUGGCGGUUCACAGCUUGGAAGUAGCAGUGCUUAUGGGGCUUAUGGAAGUUAUUCUUUGGGACGGUCUGGUACUGCUGGGAUGUCAACUCAGAGUGGUGUUUCUCGGAGGAGAAAUCAUGCUUACUGAACUUAAUGAGUCUCUGCAGCGAGUUCUGUGAAGCCCGCAGCCUGCCUACUGCCUAAACCAGAAGACCUGAUGAACCAGGGUUUGACAAACUUAUGGCCCACCCUGACGCUACUACUUAGAGGACCAAACUUAUGUGGAGACUAUUGAAAUUGGCCAUGUCCAUUUUACCUUAAUUCCCAAGCUUGAUAACUUGUUCUCCCAAGAACCUAUAAAGUUGGCUUGCCUUUCUGUUAUUAUUGUGGUUUAUUUUUAUCUUUAAAACUGAGACACCAUGUAGCUUUCAUCAUCCAACAGUUGUAUACUAUUUACUGUUUUUGGGUUUUAUUAUCUCAUAUUUUUACUGUCACAUCAAAUUUGGUGGAGUUUUGGCGUCAUGAUUUGCAGGUGCCUCUAUUUGCCUAUAUCAGUGUGAACAGGUAAAGGCAUGUUGUCUUCAAUGAUUCUGAAAGUUCAUACAAAUGGGUGUUGUGAGUACCUUACAUGACUACACUUUUCUGUUUAAUGGUAUGAAAGCUGUACUUACAUCUUAUUAUAUUGUUACCUCAACUACUGAAGCUCAUAGUCAAAAAUAAGUUGUUUGUGGUAAGAUCAUUAGAAGACAUUGUAUGGUAUAUGGUGAUUCAGAAAUAGAGGAUCUGUUUGAUGAAUUCUGUUUUGAGGAUAAAUUGGGAAAGCUUGAAGGCACUUCAACAUCAACAACAUUGGUAGUGAUGGUGGUUGUGACUGUGGUAGUUCAAAGUGAAAAUAGAAAAUUGAUUAGAACGAGUUAAAGGAAACAAACAACUAAAACGUGUUUUCAUUUUUCUGCACUAAGUCAGAUUGAGAAAAAAAGUUCUUCAAAAUUAUGGAACCGAUUUGUUUAGUUUUUUAAAAUAUAAAAACUCUUUUAGAAAGCAGUAUUCAAACUUAUUAUCACUUUUGGCACUUUUUUUUUGGAUAUUUAUCAAUAUAACACAUGUUUGGAUAUUUAUCAGUGCUGUACAUUUUUUUUAGCCUAAUUAGCAUUCAACUGCACUGAACCACUUUUAUUUUAUUUAUUUCACUUUUAAAUUAUAUUGGAUUACCACUACUCACAAAAGUUGGCAUAAGAAAAGAAGAUAUUUUGUCAGGCCAUUAGGUCACCUGCAGAGUGAGAGUCUUCUGAAAUCUUGGUGAUCCGAUGGCUGGUGCAAAGGUGUGCCUUGGGUUACUCUUACAACUCUUUUCAUAAGUACUUGUUUAAAUUUUGUGAACAAUGGCCUAGAGAGAGAUGCAGUGAUCUGAAUUUCUUUUGGAGUUUUGGUGUAUUUCACUUUUCCUGGUAUUUGGAUUUAGAUAACAUUGUUCUUCAGUACUCUGAUGAUACCUGGAGAGUGGAUAAAUUAGAUUUUGGUUGCUAAGUGGUAGUUUGUAUGUAACAACUUGUAUUGUUCAAUGGUUUGUAAUUUUAUAUGAAAUGCACUUUGGUUUGUUAUA